AUGCCCAGCACAGCAGCCAUAACAAUCUACAUCUUCGGCGCCAGCGCCCUCUACCAAGGCGCCAGCAUCCUCCUCGCACCCCGCCAGGCCCUAGCCACCAGACAACUCCCAGAAUCCGCUCGCCCCGCCCUCACCGCGUUCGGCGUGGCCAUCUCGGGUCUCGGCGCCUACUACACCCUGGCCGCCUACCAGGAGAACAGGACUUUCUUUGCGCUGACGCUGUUCAGGAUCCCGGCCGCGAUCAUUCUUGGCGCGCAGGGUCCUGGGUGGCGGCCGAUGGCGGCGUGGGAGGUGUUGGCGACGUUGGCGACGGCUGCGUCGUUGGCUUGGGAAGGGUGGGCUUGA